CUCCACCCUGGACGCUGGCCAGCUUCUGUUCUUGAACUUGUUUCGUUUCCGCUGCCUCUCCGCCGAGCCCGCGCUGUCUACUUUAAUUUGUUCUUAAUCCCCUUCGUCUCCCUCUCGUUUUGUGUUGGGACCUCGUCACCCUAGAUCUCGCCUUGGUUACACCUUGACUUGGCUUUAAGCUUUUCUGGUCCCUCUCCUCUCCAAGGUUGCCACACAAAGCCAUACUCCAACUCUUCUUACUCGUACAUACACACGCAUAUCUGCGGCGCAUCUAGGCUCUGUUCCACUUUUUUUCUCUCUUCCCACACCAAGGGCAAUUUCCCUCCUCUGCAAUCCCCAAUUCCCCUUCUUCUCUCUCUCACGAUCCAUUGACAACUAUCGGAAACCAUGGGUGGCUUCUACAUGCAGUACCUGGAGAGCCUCUGCCGGCGCCGAGGAUGGACAGACCCCUCGUACGAGUGUUACCGUGAUCCCAGUGGCUUUACUUGCCUUGUCCUAGUUAAUGGACGCGAGUACCAGACCGACCUGGCAUACGAGUCUGAUCUGCUGGCCCAGGAAAACGCCGCCAUGCGCGCGUUCAUGGUUUGCCGCAACUUUUCCGUCAACGGCGGCAUGCUUGCCCGCAACGGAAUUGUCCAAGGACUCCCGGCCGCGGCUGAUACCCGCCGCAAGAGCCGCCCGACAUCCUCAAGGGACAGCAACGAACGCCACGGUCGUCGCUCUGGCACUCACUCGAGCAGCAGUUCUACUGCCUCCUUUGAAUAGCCGCUCGAUACCUGGAUCGGAUUCGGAGUUUGACGGCGCUGUUUACACACAAAAUUUUCGAACGCUCCCUCCCCCCCCUUGGUUUUGGCUUGGACCUUCACAGGCAGCCAUGGCGCAUAUAUACACGUGGUCGAAAGGCUUCACAGCCAUCCCUUAGGGGAUAUAACCAUCACCGCGCCAGCCUUG